ACAACAACGUAGUGCACAUGGGGUACGUUAGCGCGUGACAUAUAGCGUGUUUCCAACCUUUAAAUAUACUAUAUUACAGAGUUUUGUGUGGAGUAUACUAUAUAUAUUAUAACAUAAGUGUCAACUUCAUACGCAAGUAUGAGUAAAAAGAAAGCAGGCGGACUGGGUCGAUCUUUGAUCAAGGAGAGACUCCAUGCAGGCCGAGGAAACAAGAGGGGCGACACCUGGCGCCACACAUGUGAGCUGAAUGAUGGCUACGACUGGGGACGGCUGAACCUGCAGUCAGUGACGGAACAGAGUUCCAUGGAUGACUUUUUGGCCACUGCCGAAAUGGCAGGAACAGAGUUUGUUGCAGAGAAACUCAACAUCAAGUUUGUGGCAGCGGAAGCCAGAGCAGGCAUAUUAACAGCUGAAGAGCGAAACAGGCUGAAGAAGCUGCAUGAAGACAACAAGCAUUUCCUCAGAAUUCCAAGACGCCCCCACUGGGACGAAGCCACAAGUUCAGAUGUGCUGAAGCAAACAGAGAAAGACAGCUUCUUGGAGUGGAGACGAGCGCUUGCACAACUAGAAGAGGAACAGAAGUUAAUUCUCACCCCAUUUGAGAGAAACCUGGAGUUCUGGAGACAACUGUGGAGAGUGAUCGAGAGGAGUGAUGUCGUCGUUCAAAUUGUUGAUGGCAGAAAUCCUUUGCUGUUCAGAUGUGCUGACCUGGAAUUGUACGUAAAUGAAGUGUCGGAGCAUAAGGUUAACAUGGUGCUGGUGAAUAAGGCCGACCUGCUGACCAAGGAGCAGAGGCGAGCGUGGGCCAGACACUUCCAGAAACAGGGGCUGAGGGCAGUUUUCUGGUCUGCACUGGCAGAGAGCGAAAGGCUGGAUGCAGAGGAGAAGGGCAUGGAAGUAGAGGAGCCAGAGUGUGUAAAGAGUGACCCAGAAGAAGAAGAAGAAGAAGGACAGCCAGACAAUGACAUCUUGAUCCAAAAUGGGGCAGCUGGAGAUGAGGAGAUGAAGGCAGCGGAGCAGGAUGAUGAUGAUGAUAAAGAGAGUGGUACAGACGAAGAGCAACAGAAAAAGAUAACUGUAAAUGAAGAGGACUGGCAUGCCUCCUCAGAAGAUGAAGAAGAAGAAGAAGGGGGAGCUGGUUCAUCCAAUAAAUCCUCCUUCCACAACUCAAGCCGGCUGCUGCAUAAGGAUGAGCUGCUUGAGGUGUUUAAGGCGUUUCAUAACGGGCCCAGGUGUAAAGAAGGACAACUAACAGUGGGAAUGGUCGGGUAUCCUAACGUGGGGAAGAGUUCCACAAUCAACACUAUCCUAAGGAACAAGAAGGUGUCUGUUUCAGCCACUCCUGGACACACAAAGCACUUUCAGACUCUGUAUGUGGAGCCAGGCCUGUGCCUCUGUGACUGCCCAGGUCUGGUCAUGCCUUCCUUUGUUUCUACCAAAGCUGAGAUGAUCUGCUCCGGGAUCCUGCCCAUUGACCAGAUGAGAGAUCACGUACCUGCAGUCUCCCAUAUAUGUCAGGUGAUCCCUCGACAUGUCUUAGAAGGCACCUAUGGCUUCAACAUCAUCAGACCACGAGAAGAUGAAGACCCCGACAGGCCUCCCUCCUCUGAGGAGAUGCUGAUGGCUUAUGGAUACAUGAGAGGCUUUAUGACAUCGCAUGGCCAGCCUGAUCAAUCCAGAUCAGCCCGAUACAUCCUGAAGGAUUUUGUCUGCGGAAAGCUUCUGUACUGCCAUCCUCCUCCACAUAUCAACGCUCAGGACUUCCAGCCGCAGCACAACAAUUUCCUGAAAAUAGACUCGGACUUCUGUGACCUAUCCUCCACAACGCCAAGCAAACAACGGAAAAUCAGGAGAAUUGAAAAUGUGGUUGACAAAAACUUCUUCCAUCAGGAGAAUGUGCGGGCACUCUCCAAGGGCGUUCAGACUGUUAUGGGCUACAAGCCGGGCAGCGGACCUGUCGGCCCAGCCCAACCUGGAACAGAGGUGGGGGGGAAACCCUGGAAAAAACACGGCAACUCGAACAAGAAGGAGAAAGUACGCCGUCUGAACAAGCACCUGGACGUCUGGUGAAGACUUGAAAUCAAAGCAAUUUCAAUUCCAUAUAAUAUCGGCAGGAAUGGAAAAAGUAUAUAUUCACAUAUUAUUUCAGAGGAUUUAAUGCUGAUUAGUAUCCAUAGAUAUAGUCCCUUUUAAUCUUGUGAGUAUGGCAAUGUCUGGCUUUCUCGAUUAUAAUAAAUGAGGUGCUUAAUCCGUCAUAUACUUCUCUGGUUAGAAGAUCAUAUUGGUGCAAUGCAUUCCAUCAACUGGCUCACCAGUUGUACACCAGAUCUCACCACAGUGUUCGGAAAUGGACUCGGCAUCCAGAGGGCGUGAAUUUUAUAAGACAUUGAGCACGAAUUUUUCAAUUAGUAUUUUGAAAGAGUUUCAAACGACACAUUACAGUCUAAAUUACCUACAGAAAUUGCUGUUUGAUACUGCUUUUAUUCAUAAAAGAUAUGAUUAAUCCAUCAAAGCUGUAUUAUACAAUAAAUUGGUUAUCAUGUUA